CUACCAACUUGCUCGCAUUGAUUUCUCCGUUCCAUUUCCACUCUUCGCCACUCCAAAUUCUCUCUAUUUUUCAUCGAUGGCUUCUGUCUCAGCUUCAUCAUUCUGCGUGCGAUCUGCAGCUCCUCGAUCGCGCCAAAUCUCUGAAACAUCCAAGCUUUCUAGUUUGAAGAGGGUCUCAUUUUCUCACCAUGGGAGAAAUACAUUCUCUUCCAGAAGAUUACAGUCGCUUCAAAUUUCAUGUGCUGCCAAACCAGAGACAGUUGAAAAGGUUAGCAAAAUAGUGAAGAAGCAAUUGGCAUUGCCAGAUGACUCCACUGUUAAUGGAGAGUCCAAAUUUUCAACGCUUGGAGCUGAUUCUCUUGACACGGUUGAAAUCGUGAUGGGACUCGAGGAAGAAUUUGGGAUAAGCGUGGAAGAAGAGAGCGCACAGAGCAUCACGACCGUUCAAGAGGCUGCAGACAUGAUCGAGGAUCUCAUCCUCAAAAAGAGUGGUUAAAAAUCUGAUUGCCACGAGGGAGGGAGGGUGAGCAAAAAACUCAGUCUCCUUUUUGCUCCCAAGUCUUCUCUUUUUUGUCUAGAUUUUAACGCUAAUCAAUGUAUUAGGUCUUAAAAUAAUGAUAAUAAUAAAUUCACUACACUUUGUUUCCUAA